AUAUAGAUGGAAACUGAAAAUUAUACAACUGUGACAGAGUUCAUUAUUUUGGGAUUAACAGAAGAUACUACAGUUAGUGCCAUUUUAUUUAGUGUGUUUCUAGGAAUCUAUGUUGUUACGUUAAUGGGCAACAUCAGCAUACUUAUGUUAAUCAGAAGCAGCCCUCAGCUUCAUACCCCAAUGUACUUUUUCCUCUGCCACUUGGCCUUGGUAGACAUUGGGUACUCCUCAUCAGUCACACCUGUCAUGCUCAUGGGCUUCCUAAGGAAAGGAACCUCUCUCUCUGUUGCUGGUUGUGUGACCCAACUCUACUCUGGGGUCAUGUUUGGGACAGCUGAGUGCUUCCUGCUGGCUGCCAUGGCCUAUGAUCGCUAUGUGGCCAUCUGUUCGCCCCUGCUCUACUCCAUUCACAUGUCCCCCAGAAUCUGCAUCCUCUUAGUGAGGACAUCCUAUCUAGGUGGGUGUGUGAAUGCCUGGGCAUUCGUUGGCUGCUUAUUAAGUCUGUCCUUCUGUGGGCCAAAUAAAAUCAAUCACUUUUUCUGUGACUAUUCACCACUUUUGAAGCUUUCAUGUUCUCAUGAUUUCUCUUCUGAAAUAAUUCCAUCCAUCUCUUCUGGUUCCAUCAUCGUGGUCACAGUGUUUGUCAUAGCUGUCUCCUACAUCUACAUCCUUAUCACCAUCAUGAAGAUGCGCUCCACCGAGGGGCGUCACAAGGCCUUCUCGACCUGCACCUCCCACCUCACUGCAGUCACUCUAUUCUAUGGGACUAUUACAUUCAUUUAUGUGAUGCCCAAGUCCAGCUACUCAACAGAUCAGAACAAGGUGGUGUCUGUGUUCUACAUGGUAGUGAUUCCCAUGUUGAACCCCCUUAUCUAUAGUUUCAGAAACAAGGAGAUUAAGGGGGCCCUGAAGAGAGAACUUGGUAGAAAAAUAUUUUCUUAG